UCUCUGGGAUUCCUUUUUUCCAUUAUUACACAAGUUUGAACCAGGGUACAAAUGUCAUGCAAGACAAGAAUUUGAAUUUAAAUGUGUAGCACAGUAAUGUAAAUCAUUAGCCCAUUUUGAUUUAAUGGUUAAAGUAUUUAUAAUCUUGUUCAAAUUCUGUGUUCUCAUUGCUGUAUGUAUGUCUUUCUAGCUUUAGCGUGUUCUUUCGCUUUCCUAUGCCUGGUACAAAAUGAAUGUCCUAAAUAUUCCAUUUCACUUGCUGAAGCUGCCAGUAAGGAGUGUCAAUUCAUCUUGCUUGUCAAAUUACAAUCGUGGAGCUUUUGGAAUACUGAAGACACAAGUCAAACCAUUCUUCUCAAAUAGUAAGAAUUGUAGCCCAAAAAACUUCACAGACUAUGAAUCAAUGAAGCAGGAAUACAAACUGGAAGUGCCAGAAUACUUCAAUUUUGCAAGUGAUGUCCUUGAUAAGUGGAGUGAAAUUGAAAAGGCUGGAGGAAGAGGCUCAAACCCUGCAUUGUGGUGGCUGAGUCGAAGAGGGCAAGAAGUGAAAUGGAGCUUCCAGGACCUUGGACACCACUCCAGGAAGGUGGCUAACAUCUUGUCUGAUGCAUGUAAUCUGCAAGUAUCUGAUCGAGUUAUUGUUAUCCUGCCCGUCAUACCAGAAUGGUGGCUUCUGAAUGUGGCAUGCAUGAGAACAGGUGCUGUAGUGAUCCCUGGAACAAGCCAGCUAACAGCCACAGAUAUUUUACACAGGCUACAGGCCUCAAAGGCAAAGUGCAUCAUAACAAAUGAGAUGCUGGCAGACUCAGUAGAGUCAGUGAUAUCCAAGUGCCCUUCUAUCAAAGCAAAGGUGAUCCUAUCAAAUAAAUACAGAAAAGGAUGGAUGAAUUUUCAUGAACUUUACCGAAAUGCAUCAUCUGAUCACACAUGUGCAAAGACCAAGAGUUUGCAUCCAUUGGCCAUUUUCUUUACCAGCGGAACCACAGGAGCUCCAAAAAUGACUCUUCACACCCAUUGCAGCUAUGGAAUAGGCCUGACAGUGAAUGGAAGGUACUGGUUGGAUCUCACUCCUUCAGAUGUGAUGUGGAACACUUCAGAUACUGGCUGGGCUAAGUCUGCAUGGAGCAGCAUCUUUUCACCAUGGAUUCAAGGUGCUUGUGUUUUUAUCCAAAACAUCCGUCGGUUUGAUCCCCAACAUAUAUUGGAAAUUUUAUCCAAGUAUCCAAUAACGACCUUCUGUUCGCCACCUACGGCAUAUCGUAUGCUUGUACAGAGUGAUGUCAGCAAGUACAGAUUCCCAAAUCUCCAGCACUGUGUGAGUGCUGGUGAACCCAUUAACCCAGAGGUGAUGGAGAAGUGGAAAGAGCAGACUGGCUUAGACAUCUAUGAAGGAUAUGGUCAGACAGAAACUGUCUUGAUCUGCGGUACUUUCAAAGGAAUGAAAUUGAAACCUGGUUCAAUGGGGAAGCCAUCACCGGCAUUUAAUGUACAGGUUAUAGAUGAGAACUGCAAUGUGCUUCCUCCUGGAGUGGAGGGUGAAAUUGCCAUUUCCGUGAAGCCGACCAGACCCCUGAACAUUUUCUCUGAAUACAUUGAUGAGCCAAAACAAACUGCAGCAACCCUUCGAGGAGACUAUUAUUUGACUGGAGACCGAGGUCAAGUGGAUGAGGAUGGAUACCUUUGGUUUAUGGGAAGAGCAGAUGACAUAAUGUUAUCAUCUGGGUACCGCAUCGGACCAUUUGAAGUAGAAAAUGCUUUAAUAGAACAUCCAGCAGUGGUAGAGUCGGCUGUGGUUAGCAGUCCUGAUCCCAUUAGAGGAGAGGUUGUGAAGGCAUUUGUCAUUUUAGCUCCAACUUUCACCUCACAAGAUCCUGAUAAGUUAAUUGAAGAACUACAAGAACAUGUUAAGAACAUCACAGCACCAUAUAAGUACCCAAGGAAGAUUGAAUUUGUGAAGGAACUACCCAAGACUGUUAGUGGGAAAAUCAGAAGAAUUGAGUUACGAAGGAAAGAAUGGGAAAAAGCAUUAAAAUUGAAAUAAUUGAUGUGCAGCAUCCUUGAAUGGAAUCAACUUUACCUUUUAUAUUAAACUUGAUUUCGACACAAUU